AUGAGCAGAAAACGGGUAAGAAGAAUUUUGGUGGUUUUAGCCCUUGUGCUGACAUCUUGUGUAUCUUUUCAGCUGGGACUUGUAUGGAACUCACGUUCCUACUCUUCAGACACCGUUAGCGAAGAACCACGUGAAGAACUAAAUGACAAAGGUCGGUUGCAGGAGAUGGUAUUUCGAGAAUUGAAAAUUGAUCCUUUGAACUCAACUGCGAAGUCUUCAAGCUUCACAACAACUUCUCUUUCGCCGCAAAUUAGUCACAAAACAUUUCUUAUAACCAGGAGAUCUUGUAUGCAACAUUACGAUCUUCUUAUGAUUAUCUCAUCCUCACCAGGUAAUUCCAAAAGAAGGAAAAUCAUUCGUAAGACAUGGGCAUUCGAAAGAUCCGCAAAACCAAGAUGGACGUCCGUUUUUCUGGUCGCUCAAACACGGGAUGAAGCAGUUUCAAACGUUUUGCUUGACGAAGAUGAAGCUCAUAAAGACCUAGUGCGAGCUAGCUAUUAUGACCACUACUGGAAUCAAACCCGAAAGAUAAAAAUGGGCUUCGAAUGGGCAGUAAAGUAUUGCAAUUUCUCGUUUCUUUUGAAGGUAGAUGACGACGUUUUCGUGCAUGUUCCAAGAGUUCUCUCUUUCUUAAGCGCACCCACCACACCGAAGAAGAUGUUUUACGCUGGAAAUCACUACACAAAUCCUGUUCCUUUUCGGGGAGGAAAAUGGAAGGUAACUUACGAGGAAUAUAACGAGACAAGAUAUCCAGAUUUUUGCCCCGGUUUUGGAUACGUUUUAUCUCACGAUGUUGUACGUGCAUUUGUUGACACUUUCUCUUCUUUGCCGUUCUUCAGACUGGACGAUGUUUACGUUGGCAUGCUGGCGAGUAAGAACGGAAUAAAUAUCACCAACAAUGUGGGUUUUGAAGUAUGGCAUCCACCCCAAUAUGUAUGUGUUCCAACAAAGGAUACUUUAGUCAGGCAUGAUGUAGGAGAAGAGUGCCAAAUGAAAAUGUUUAAUUUAGCCAUUUUCCUUCAGUAG